AUGGCCACUGCAUAUGAUUUUACUUUCAGCUUAGUAUUGUAAUUGUAUGCCUUAGAACUUAAUUCACCAAAUAUGUUUAUCAGAUUAAGUUCAUUAUUAGCUUGUGUAGCAAGUGCACUAUAUGUUUUUAGCAUUUAUUUUGUAAUCAAACUAUCUUAAAUGAAGAAAUAUGCUUUUAAUAAUAAUGUUAUCUAAACUAAGUAUGGAUCUAUUUUUGAUGGAAUUAAGAUUAAUGAAUUUUCCAAAUAUCUUAAUGCUAUUCUUCUAAUUAAAAAACUUAUCUUUAUGUUAUUAUUAAUUUUCGCAUAUGAGUUUCCAAUUUUUUAAACUGUCAGUAUUACACUUCUAUCAACCUCAAUGAGUCUAUUUUACAUCUUAUUUAAUCCAUUAGAAGAUAAAUUGGAGUAUUUUAAAUAGUUAUUUAGUGAAGUUAGCAUCUCUUUUACAUUAUUGAGUAUUACAAUUCUGACUUGUGAUUUUGAAUUAUUAUAUUUUUCAUAUGAGAUCAGAUAAUAUUUUGGAUGGGGUUGCAUAUUUUUUAUGUCGUCUAUAUUAUGCAUUCAAUUAGGGAUUGAUGGCUUUUAAUAAUGGAAGUUUCUUUUUAAGAAGUAUAAGCAAAUUAAAAGACUAGCUUAAUAAAUUCUUGGAGUAUUUUAACAGAACAAUAAAGUAACUGCCCAAUCUAGUGUUUUCUAUUGA